AUGGCGAACACCACCGAUCAGACCACAACUGCGUCAACAACAACAGCCAAUGCGACAGCGAACAAUGCUCCAAAGGGAUUACUCGGCAUGUUUGGUGGUGUCCUCCCCCCACCUCCUUCCGGAUCAACCUCGAUCCUCAAACCGAUCUCGACUCAAAAGAACGACAAAGCAGCUGACAACAACAAAGCAACAAAGCUACAACAACGUGCUGGUGGUGGUGCCAUGAAGAAAUCAACCAUGAAAGGUGAACGACGUCGCAACCAAUCAUUGAUUGCUCUUGCCCAACGACCUGGUAAAGUGGUUACCGUCACGCCCAGUGCAGAACCUGCCGAUGCAUUUGACAGCGAAGAUAUCACCAUGGGUGGCAUGGGAAAGAAAAAAAAGAGUCGCAAACGAUUUUCACCCUACAAUUCUCAAGCACGUGCACGCUUCCAGAAACAAGCAGCCGUUAGUGCUGAGCCCAAGGAAAGAGUGGAUAUUUUGAUCUCAGGCUAUAUUCCAGGAAGUGAACCCAAUGUCAUUGCCUUUCUUCAACAAAAAUCAAAAAAGACGUGGGAACCUGUGGGUGUGAAAUUGGAUCAAGGACAAAUGCUAUUGACCGUGGAUGGUGUGGCUAUUGCGAAUGCUAUUUCCCGAUUGAAUGGCUAUGUAUUUGGAAAUGGACCGUUGAAUAUUUCAUGGUACUACUCGAAUGGCAGCAGCACCGUGGUUCCUCCCACAGUCCAAAAGAGCACCACCAUGGAUUACAUUCGCGAAUUUCUACGAUCGAGGUGGGAUGGUGAAAAGCAGUUGUUGAAUUUGGAAAAUAUGGGUGCCGAUCCUAUUCUCAAGAACCACGCUAUUCGACCCCCUGGUGACUCGAGAGCAAACGAGUUUGUUGGACCUGCCACGAUGAAACUUGCUGGUGAAAUGUUUCCCAAUACCGUGUCGAUUACCUUUGCACGCAACACGCUCAAGAACCUUCAAUCCAUCUCAACAAUGACGCAAUUCCUGCCGCACAUUCAAAACUUGUCACUUGAAGAGAACCGUAUCACGUCCCUUGCAGCACUGGAUGCCAUUUCAGGUCCUGGGAAGUUUAAGCAUUUGCGAGAAUUGGUGCUUCAGGGCAACCCUGUUUGUGAAAAGGAAUUGAAACAAGGUCAAGAACGUGGCUAUAUCAAAAAUGUAUUGAAGCGAUUCCCAGCCAUUGCUAUGUUGGAUGGCAAGCCUGUUGAUAUGGCUGCUCAAGAAGAACAAGCCUUGUUGAAGAAGCAAAAGAUGCCGGUUCUUACAAAGUGGACCUUUUUUGACAAUGAGCAUAGCCAAACGGCGGCCUUUGAUUUUCUUACAAAGUUCUUCCAUUUAUUUGACACCAAUCGCCCAUCAUUACGAGCUGUGUAUGAUGAAUCAGCGACAUUCUCUGUAUGUGCCCUGCUUACGUUACAGAAAAAGUCAGCCAACACAAAGGUACGCGGUCGACGUAAACAACGCAUGAUGGACGAGGACGAAGCUACAGCAACAUGGUCGGAUCUCAGCCGAAACUUAAAAAAGGGCAAGAGUCAAAAAAAAAUGGGCAAAUACCUAUCGAUUGGUCCCGAUGCCAUUGUAUCAGCCCUGCAACGGUUACCAAGCACGAUGCAUGAUUUAUCUCGGUCAGAGGAUUUUGUAUUGGACGCUUUCCAACAAGCAACAGAGCAGGCGAAUCUUCUUCAGAUUUCCUUGCAUGGUGAAUUUAGAUCAGGCAAUGACGAGACACUUUAUUCAUUUGAUCGCAACAUGUUGAUUCGAGCAGCUCCACCCAAUUCAAGUGCUGCAAGUUUAGGCGUACCUUACCAUAUCGUCUCAGACAUGCUUUGUGUUCGUGAUUAUUGCUCCAUGUUGAAUCGUAUCGGGACCGAUUAA